AUGGAUUGCAACGUCCGUGAGGCGAGCUUCUCACGCAUUCAUAAAUCAAAAAACCCUCAACGCACUGCUGAUGUCACGGGCGGCAGGCGGCCAUCGCACUUCGAUGCUUACUUACACCACUAG